AUGCCUAUCCUUGCCCCUCUAGGUCCAUCUCCUCUCAGCGAGGUCUUCACUUACUCCAACCUCCCUUCUCCUGUCGAAAUGGCCACCGGGAAGGACUAUCGUCACUCUAAGGCUGGAAUUCUCUCCAAACUCCCGCCGUCAAUAAAACCCUAUGCUGAGCUACUGCGUAUUCACCGGCCGCUCGGAUAUUAUCUGAAUAUUUCGCCGUAUGUGGUGGGCGUAGCCUACACCGCGGCCAUUGCCCCAGUGUCGCUUCCUGCUACAGUUUUGCUCAACCGACUGAUCAUCCUGUCCUUGUGGGGCUUUUUGAUCCGGAGCGGUGGGUGCGCCUGGAAUGACCUUAUUGACAUGGAUAUCGAUCGUCAAGUGUCCCGGACGAAGCUGCGCCCUCUUCCGCGUGGUGCCAUAUCGCCAACGAGCGCGGCUCUCUUAACAGCGAUCAUCUUUGGCUGUGGAGGCUUGCUCUUGCUCCUGUUACCAUCACAGUGCACCGUAGAGGCGGGCAUCAUUUUAUUCUUUGCCUUACUCUAUCCAUUCGGCAAACGGUUCUCCGAUUACCCGCAGCUGAUCCUGGUUAACAUUGCGUGGGCCAUCCCCAUGGCAAUGUCCAGUCUAGAGGUGGAUCCGCUCGAUUUUCCCUACUCGACGCUGUCUAUGUGUAUCUUUAUCGCCUCUGUCAUUGUCAUGAUAGAUGUUGUCUAUGCGUGCCAGGACGCGGAAGAGGAUAAGAAGAUUGGCGCGCGCAGUAUGGCGGUCCGAUAUAGCGACAUCACCGAUCAACUCGCCUACGGCUUCUUCUUCUCCGGGGCUAUUUCGCUCCUUCUUGGUGGCGUUUUACGUGGUCUGGGACUCCCGUUUAUAGUCUUCUCCGUCGGGGGGCAUAUUUUUGGCUUUCUUCGGUUCUUGAGUGUUACCCUGGGUGAGGGAACCAAGUCGGCUUCGGUGGAGUCACGGGCGAAAUCAUCAUGCCUGCUCGCGACCGUGUUCUGGGUAUUGGGCUUCUUCUUGGAAUAUCUUGCUCGCUCUUAG